AUGUCGGCCACCAGCCCGCAGUACAGGAGUGCCGCCCAAACCCCCUCACACUUCCACGACUAUCCCGGCGCCGCCCACGAUGCCCUGGGGGGACUGGCUACCUGGCAACACGACGCCGCCGCUGUCGCCGCCGCCGCCGCCGCAACUGCUGCUGCUGCUGCCCACGACUCGUACCCAGUCGGCCCAUCACCGGCCGCAUUUCUCCACUACCCACAGCCCGGAGUCGACUCCGCUAGCCUACAGGCCCCGUCAGCGUGGGCGACUGGCUAUGUCAGACCACAGGCAGCCCAUGAGUGGCAGCAACACCAGCACCAGCCCGACGAGUCGUGUACGGACCGUUCCUCCGUCUCGUACUGCCAUGGCGAUGGGAGCGCGCCGCUCCCGCACCACCAGCUGCCUGCCGUCUCCCGCCACUACCAGCACCACCACCAUCACCAACACCAGCCUGACCUAACCCCGACUUCUACCCUGCCGCUGGCUGCCCAUGACCAUUUCCAUCCAUUGCGCAUCUCUCCAGAGACCCCCGCCACCACAGCAGACCCACCAUACUCGAAUCAUGCCCAAAAGCCGCCCCCAGUUCCACUGCCAUCGCAUUCGCUCCCCCAGGCCAUCUUGCUGCACACAAGCCAUGAACAGCAACCCCCUUUGCACCAUGCUGCUGCCGCUGCCGCUGCCGCCUGGGCGCACCAUGGCCAGUAUCCGGACCACACCAGUGACCCCAUUGCAGCCAGCCUGCCAGUGACGAGACAUGACAGCACUGCUUCUACUGCCCCAUGGCCUAUGGUUGAGUCAGCCGAACCGCAAAGUGCCUCUGCCGUCUAUGACAGAUCUUCCAACAUAGCGCAGGAAUGGCCUGUCGCAGAAGCACCCGCGGAGCAUCAGCUCUACGCCCAACACCAUGCCCCUGUGGAGCAUAUGGAUCGGACCGCCGCGCAGAUGCUGGCGCGCCAUAGACCACCACCCAAGAAGAAGGCUGCCAAGGUACCUUCAUCCUUUGUCGAGCGCCAGGAGAAACUCAAGGUGUCUAAGCGUAAAGGCCCACUUCAAGAAAGACAGAGGGAGAAGACGCACACCAUGCGCAAGACCAAGCGCAUUUGCGUUCGUUGCAGAUUCUACAAGUCUGGUUGUGACGAGGGCGAUCCGUGUGAGAAAUGCGAAAAAAUCACCGGUCACGCCAGGUCCUUUCGUGAGCCGUGCUACCGAGAACACCUCGAAGAUACGAGCCUCAUCCGUCGCUGCAAUGGCCGUGAGCACCAGGAAGAGGCCGAGUUCCUUGGCUACGACUGGGUAUACAACAGCCAACUGUACGAAAUGGAAAUCAUCUGGAACCUGCCCGGCUACGGUCCCAUACCCAAUGCGCAGCCGUUGCGCAUCGCCUUUCGCCCUUAUAGCCCAAAGCGCGGUCCACUCGACGUUGCCACGUCUGUUUGGUCCAACAGAGAGGGACAAGUGCCUACUGUCGAACAGCCCGCAUACGCCGUGUACGAUACGGCAAACCUUGUCGUGGCUGUGGAACGAUACUUUUCCAGCCUUCAGCCUGCUAUUGAAGAGUGGAUCUUUGCUCGUAUUAGUCGCGACGAAAUCGCCUACAGUACCUAUCAAGAAGUGAUACGCAUGCGCCAAGUCACCGGAAGCAGGGCUCUCGACCUAGCAAUGCGUCUCCAGUGUCUCUCCGUGGUUUCUCAGGGUUACGGCUCCGUCUUCUCCCCCAACAUCCCUGGUAUACGUGAAUACGACUACUCAAGGCUCGGCCAUAGCGACUAUGAAGCAUAUGAUCGAGGGUCAUGCGAUCGUCCACUCCCUGGUGCAAUCACUCACCAGAUGGAUGUUGCUGCCGUCAAAUACCUUCGAAAGCUGGAGAAGCUCUUCGUCAAGGAGCUGGCUGCAUUGAUUUUCAAGCCCAAGAUCAAACCCUGGUACGAACUGUUCUUGACGUUUUAUGUCAUCUUCUGGAAUCUCGAAUACAUUCACCACGGAGCCCAAGACUAUAUCAAGUCGAAAAACGGCACUUUGCUUGAGAACCAGGUCAGCAACGUCGUCACAACGCAGAUCAAAAAGUGGGAAUUCGCCUUUCCUGUGCUUCUAUACCAUUGGCGUUGCAUUCUUCGGGGGUAUUCGCCGUUCAAAUUAGCGCGUGAUAACCCAGACGAACUGCGCGAACGCGGCCACAUUGACGCAGAAGGGUUCCAGUAUGUCACGUCUAUUGCCAACUUGUUCGAUCGAAGCAAUCCUGACCGCUUCCAGCCUCCACUUACUGGUUUUGCAACGGCUCAUUGGUCGACUUCGAGUGAAUGGAUUGUUAAGCUCUUCAAGGAGGCUGGAGCUUGA